GACAGUCGGGCUCGGCGGCCGCGGCGGGAGCAUCCAGCGGGCAGCGCCCGCCGCUCCUGCCCGCGCCCACCUGCGGCCGCGGCUGCCCUGGGCGCGGGGCGGCGGCGGCGCUGCCGGCUCGGCGCGGUCUCACCCCCGCCUGCCCUCCAGGAUGAGCCCGGAGUAUUCUCUGCGCUCCUUGCUGCUCAUCAUCCUCGCCACCUUCUCGGCCAACGCCAGCAACUGGCUGUACCUGGCAAAGCUGUCUUCAGUGGGGAGCAUCUCCGAGGAGGAGACCUGCGAGAAGCUGAAGGGCUUGAUCCAGCGCCAGGUGCAGAUGUGCAAGAGGAACCUGGAGGUGAUGGACUCAGUGCGACGCGGAGCCCAGCUGGCCAUCGAGGAGUGCCAGUACCAGUUCCGCAACCGCCGCUGGAACUGCUCCACGCUGGACACCCUGCCUGUCUUCGGCAAGGUGGUGACGCAAGGGACGCGGGAGGCAGCGUUCGUCUAUGCCAUCUCUUCGGCAGGGGUGGCCUUCGCCGUGACCCGCGCCUGCAGCAGCGGCGAGCUGGACAAGUGUGGGUGCGACCGCACGGUGCAGGGGGGCAGCCCGCAGGGCUUCCAGUGGUCGGGCUGCUCCGAUAACAUCGCCUACGGUGUGGCCUUCUCGCAGUCCUUCAUCGACAUCCGCGAGAGGAGCAAAGGGGCCUCUUCCAACAGAGCGUUAAUGAACCUCCACAACAACGAGGCAGGGAGGAAGGCGAUCCUGAACAACAUGCGGGUGGAGUGUAAGUGUCACGGCGUGUCAGGCUCGUGCGAGUUCAAGACGUGCUGGAAAGCCAUGCCCCCCUUCCGCAAAGUGGGCAACGUCCUCAAGGAGAAAUUCGACGGUGCCACGGAGGUCGAACAGAGCGAGAUUGGAUCCACCAAAGUGCUGGUGCCCAAAAACUCCCAGUUCAAGCCGCACACAGACGAGGACCUCGUCUACCUAGACUCCAGUCCCGACUUCUGUGACCACGACCUCAAGAAUGGGGUCCUGGGCACCAGUGGGCGGCAGUGCAACAAGACCUCCAAGGCCAUCGAUGGCUGCGAGCUGAUGUGCUGCGGCCGUGGCUUUCACACGGACGAAGUGGAGGUUGUGGAAAGGUGCAGCUGCAAAUUCCACUGGUGCUGCUCCGUCAAGUGCAAACCCUGCCAUCGGGUGGUGGAGAUCCACACGUGCCGGUGAUGCACGGGGGACAGCAUCGACCCGUGCCCCCUUUCACUGACCCUGCUUCUCCCUUGCCCCACAGCCAGGACUGAGGAAGUGACCCAGAUGCUGCAGGGAGAGCACAGCUCUUUACAGAGACAGAACCACAGAGAAAAACAGAUUUUAAAGAAAAAAAAAUAUUUAAAGUUUAAAAAAACUGAUCAUUGUUUGCUUUUUUUUUUUUUUAAUUUUGUUUUGUCUGCUUUGCUGUAUUUAUUGGUGACGCCAGAGCCCCUUGGUGUCCUGUGCCAGCAGACACAGUUUGCUUUCUGGCUGUCUGGAGACCUGUGUGAUGCCAGCUCCCAUCAGAUGGGCUCCUGCUGCUUUUGGUGCUGCUGACAAGAAGUGUUUAAGGCAAGGGUAGUGCAGCAUUUGAAAUCUU